AUGCUCAGCUUCUCUCAAUCAAAUCCCUUCGCCAGACGCGAAUCCCAAAGUGUCGAGGCCGUCUGGACCUACAAAGUCCUCACCAUCAUCUCCUGGCUGCUCGUCGUCGUCACCAGCAUCAACUACACCUUCGCCGUCCCCCAACACGAUGUCCAACUCUGGCGCAACACUAUCUGGGGUCAGAACAAGGCUUUCCCAACCCCCUUCGCCCUCAACGCCCUGAUGGCUUCGUUGUACUGGCUUGCUCUCUUCCUCUCUCAGAUCGCCUACAUGUGGCAUCUUUUCUCCAAGAAUAACGAUCAUGUCAUAGCCGCUGCGGGUGUCGGCUCUCACUUCAUCUUCAACAACCUCCUCCAGUUCGCCUGGAUCAUGCUGUUCGUCCGCGGUCACUUUGUCUGGUCGGAGGUCAUCGCGGUCAUCAACUUCUUCAACCUUUCCUCCCUCUACUUCCGCCACAACACCUACGCCCGCGCCAUUCACGUCCCGGCUGUCACUGGGCCCCUGGCUUGGAACUUUGUCGCCUUGUACUGGAAUGGAGCUAUCGCUGUCAAUGCCCACACCUUACCAGCCCGCAUCCUGGCCAACGUCGCCAUUUGGGGUAUCUUGGUCUACGGCAUGUUCUUUCUGAUCAUCUACAAGGACUACACGAUGGGAUUUGCUCUCAGCUACCUCACCGCGUGUCUCGGCGUCGGCCAAUUCUUCACCAAGACAUUCGCUUUCCAAUGGAUCUUCGCUUUCACCAUCAUGGCCACGCUCUUCUUCGCGACGCUCGUCAUAGCCAUUCCAGGUAUCUUUGGCAAAGAAUUCAGCUUCCGUACUGAACAGAAUGUCGUCCCCGCUGAUCAGGAGCGCGCUCCUCUCUUGGAAGAUGCCUAA